AUGGAUAUUCUGAGUAAGUUCCUCCGAGUAAAAAGAAAGUCAGAGUAUCUGACCGACAAAGGGCGCAUAAAAAUAACGAAGAAGGACAAAAGACUCAUCAACAAGUUUAAGUCAAACAGGUCUGUCUCUCCCUUCGUUAUUGAGAGACCCAACUCCACGAGCUACGUAUGCGACACGCGCCACGAGCCGCUGGUGUCCGCAGUGACGCACGAGCCCACACCCGACCAGAUACGCAGAGAAAAAGAAGCAGAGAAAGUGUUCCUCGAGAAACAGAAGAGAAAGCAGAAAAAGAGGGAGAACCGAGAAAUAGUGGAGGAUGUAGAGGAUCUCUGGGAGGGAAGAGAGCAGAAGAGCGAGCAAAUGGACAGGAAACUCAGCAGAAAAACAGAAAGACCAAAGCAAACAGAUGCAUACGACAGCGCAGAGAUGGCCCUCAGAACAACAAGAGAGGGAAUAUGGAAGAACAUCCACUUCUACAGAGACGUAGUCAGAAGGCCAAGGGUGUACAGCUCAGAGCUGGACAGACUGAACAAGAAGCUGCUGCCGGUAAAAGUAAAAGUGCCUGCAGACACUGAAGUGCCAACCAAAGAGUACACAGAUAUACCGUAUAAGGAAAAUAUUAGAGACGUAAUCGUAAUGUCUGAUGGGAUAUAUUACAUAGUAGUGCACAGCUCGUCUAUAUCUAUAAGAGACGCGGAUGGAUAUCUGCCCAUUAGAUCGAUCAGAUUUAUAUCAGAGAGCGGAGAUGUGCUGAUAAGAGGCGCAUAUCUGUCACCAGACGAGAAGAAGCUGGCUAUUAUAACAUUUGGGCACGGGAUAGUGAUAGUAAAUGUCCUCAGCACUCUUUUGAAUACCUGCGAGAUAGACAAGACCAUUAACAUAGACAGUAGCAAUGGCGCAAAUGAAAAAGAGAAUAAUGAAAAUAUUGAGAAUAACGAGAAUAACGGGAAUAUUGGGACAAGUGAGAAUGAAAGUAAAUACAUUAGAAUAUUCGGCGAUAAAACAUUCAGAAGAGGAGCGUGGCAUCGGGGCAGCGUGUACUUUGCAGCUAUACUCCAUGGACAGGUGGUUAUUAUCAACACAAAAAAGAGCAAGGCUGUUGUCUUCUACAAGGGAACACAGAAGAUACAGCAGGUGGAGUUCCAUCCCACAAAGAGCAUUAUCAUUAUGAUGGGUCCUUCGAACAUAUUCUUCUACGGCUUAUCCACCAAGAGAAAAGACAACAAAAAAACGAUCUAUCACAUUUCAGCCGCCAACACGCUCUGUCUUUCUCUUAACACAGAGACCAUGUUCAUAGGAACCGCUGCAUCACAGGUGCAGAUAUUCAAAAUAACGAAAGAGUUUGAGGCUAAGUUCAUCAGGUCUAUAUCUACAAGAGACACGCCGCGUAGAAUAGUACUGCAUAGCAGAUACGGUUAUGCUGCUGUGUUUGAUAAGUCGCCAACCUUCCUGGUGUACGGGAACGGAUCAAGAGACGAUUUGCUGCCCAUGGAAAGAGUAGGAGCUAUACACAAGUAUGAAUCAGUGUACAAGUCAGGGAUAUUCCACAGAGAGUAUCCUAAGGCUCUGUUCAGCAUAGCAAAUAGACUGACUGUUCUAUAUCCAGAGUACAAGAUAGCAGCAUAA